AUGCUGCUCGACCACGGCGAGGACGGGCUCCCUGCCCCUCCUCAAUCGGGGUGUUUGGUACUGAAGCCUCUGGUGGCUGCCCCGCUUCAGAAACGAAGUCCCCUCCUCGGUCGGUUGUGGGCCAACCAAGUGUCUUCUGUCUCCCCAGAGGUGGAAAACGACGUGCUGACCAGCAGGCCCGGGGCCAGUGUUAACCUGACCUGCCCGGGAUGGGACCCGAGGGACAACGCCACCUUCCACUGGGUGCUCAGGAGUCGGGGCGCAGGCUCCCACCACAGCCGCUGGGCCGGCAUGGGGAGGACACUGCUCCUGAGGUCCGUGCAGCUCAAUAGCUCUGGGAACUAUUUGUGCUACCAGGAUGGCCGCUGGGCCGGGACCGUGCACCUGCUGGUGGAGGCCCCUCCCGAGGAGCCCCAGCUCUCCUGCUUCCGGAAGAGCCCCCUCAGCAACGUGGACUGUGAGUGGAGCCCGGGGAGCGCCCCCUCCCCAACGACCAAGGCCGUGUUGUUGGUGAGGAAGUUCCAGCACAGCCCCGUGGGAGACUUCCAGGAGCCGUGCCUGUAUGCUCAGGAGUCCCAGAAGUUCUCCUGCCAGCUGGCGGUUCCGGAGGGGGACAACUCUUUCUACAUAGUGUCGCUGUGCGUCGCCAACCACGCUGGCAGCGCGUCCAGCAGACCCCAGACGUUCGAGGGUUACGAAAUCCUGCAACCUGACCCACCUGUCAACAUCACGGUCACCCCGGUGGACAGAAACCCCCGCUGGCUCAGUGUCACCUGGCAAGACGCCCCCUCCUGGAACUCGCAUUUCUACAGGCUGCAGUUCGAGCUCCGGUACCGGGCCGAGAAGUCCAAGGUCUUCACGACUCUGCUGGUCAAGGAGCCCCGGCAUCGCUGCACCAUCCAUGACGCCUGGAGUGGCAUGAGGCACGUGGUGCAGCUGCGGGCCCAGGAGGAGUUUGGGCACGGCCUGUGGAGCGAGUGGAGCCAGGCGGUCCUGGGCACCCCCUGGACAGGUAUCGCGGCCUCGCCGGCAGAGCGACGUCUCUUUCAGGCGCUCACGACUCACGAGGACGAUGAAGACACGCUCCCUCACGAACCUGCAAAUGCGACAAGCAUCCCAGGGCCGGCCGCCUCCUUCGUGCCCCUCCACACCUUCCUGGUGGCCGGAGGGAGCCUGGUCUUCGGAACUCUCCUCUGCGUGGGCAUCGUCCUGAGGUUCAAGAAGACGUGGAGGCUGCAGGCCGCCAAAGAGGGCGGGGCGGGCGCGCACUCACCCUGCUCCCUCGGACAGCUGGUCCCCGAGAGGCCGAAGCCCGCCCCAGGACUCGUGCCCCUCAUCUCGCCGCCGGUGUCCCCCAGCAGCCCUGGGUCGGACAACACCUCGGGGCACAGCCGGCCGGACGCCAGGGGCCCACACAGCCCUUACGACGUCAGCAACACAGACUACUUCUUCCCCAGAUAGCGGGCCGGGGCGUGCCUGGCCGGCUGGGGCGCCCCUGGCCUGCUGAGCCGGGAAAGCCCACGCUGGCUGCUCACUGUCAUUCCAGCUCACCUCAGGGGCGUGGGGCCCGGCCUCACGGUCACCGCAGGGCCUCACACAGUCUCCAUGCUGGGAGGAACAGCAAGGAAGGGUGCCGAGUUUUCGGCCGGCCUUCCCCAAGCGCCCAGCUUCCAGGGCUUCGCGUGACCUCAGGUCCGUGCAGACUGGUGUCAAGACUUCGCUGGACACUGGGCGGCCGCGGACGCAUUGGGCUUGGUGGGGACAAGCUGGUGGCCGCCCACACGCCCACAGACACAGCUCUGCAAGCUGUACCCUCAGGAGGGAGGCGGUUUGCAGCCAAAGACCUCCCCGCCUGUCUCUCCGGCUGAGGCACAGUCUCAUCUUUUAGCUCAAGCUCCUGCCAGCCCAGUGCCUUCCUACUGCAGCCUUGUGCCCUGAGGAUGGGUUUUCUCCAGGCACCUGUCUUCCCACAUCCCAGAAACACCUGGGGGGCGGAGUGUCUCAGGGCUGAUGGUGUGGGGUGGUGAUUAGCAGCUCAGGAGGAUUCUGUGCGUGGGCCUUAACUCAGAGCACCUGUGAAUCCAGAAGCACCCGGGCCGGCUCCAGGGCCUGGGGACGGCCUCCGCCGAGGGGCAUGAGGGGGCCGCAGCCUCCGGGAACUCCUGCUCGCUGUCCUGCUGGUCCCCCGCCCCACCCCGGAGGGAGCAGGGCGUCCGGAAGGCUCCGCCAUGGUGAGAUCAAACGUUUUCUCCCAGCUCUGUUUGUUUUCACCUGAGCCUGAGUAACUGGGGAAGAUAAUAUUUAUGUGAAAAG